AUGACCACGCAGGCGCGGAGCGCGGCGCGCAGUGACUGGAGCGGAGGCGGCAACAGCAGCGAGCAAAGUCGCGGCUCGGAGCCUCGGUGGCAGCAGCAGCCUCACCCUCACCCUCUGGGCCGUAGCGACCUCGAGUCGGAUUGCGCGGCCAUGCCCGUGACCGAGAAGGACCUGGCGGAGGAUGCGCCCUGGAAGCGGAUCCAGCAGAACACCUUCACGCGCUGGUGCAACGAGCACCUCCGCUGCGUGAACAAGCGGAUCGGCAACCUGCAGUUCGACCUGAGCGACGGGCUGCGCCUCAUCGCGCUGCUGGAGGUGCUCAGCCAGAAGCACAUGUACCGCAAGUACCACCAGCGACCCACCUUCCGACAGAUGCAGCUGGAGAACGUGUCGGUGGCGCUCGAGUUCCUGGAGAAGGAGAACAUCAAGCUGGUCUCCAUCGAUAGUAAAGCCAUUGUUGAUGGGAACUUGAAGCUGAUCCUAGGAUUGAUAUGGACCCUUAUCCUCCACUAUUCAAUCUCUAUGCCAGUGUGGGAAGAUGAAGGAGAUGAUGAUGCCAAGAAACAAACGCCUAAGCAGAGACUCUUGGGAUGGAUUCAGAACAAAAUCCCAUAUUUGCCAAUAACAAACUUCAACCAAAACUGGCAAGAUGGCAAAGCUCUUGGUGCUCUUGUGGAUAGCUGUGCUCCAGGUCUCUGCCCAGACUGGGAAGCCUGGGACCCUAAGAAGCCCGUUGAUAAUGCUCGUGAAGCUAUGCAACAAGCAGAUGAUUGGCUGGGUGUCCCCCAGGUCAUCACUCCUGAAGAAAUAAUACAUCCGGAUGUUGAUGAACACUCUGUAAUGACCUACCUGUCACAGUUCCCCAAAGCAAAGCUGAAGCCAGGUGCUCCAUUGAAACCGAAACUUAAUCCGAAGAAGGCAAGAGCUUACGGUAAAGGAAUUGAAGCACAUGGAAAUAUGGUGAAGCAGCCUGCCAAAUUCACUGUAGACACGAUCAGUGCUGGCCAGGGUGAAGUAAUGGUGUUCGUAGAAGAUCCAGAAGGAAACAGGGAAGAGGCCAAGGUGACCCCUGACAAUGACAAGAACAAGACCUAUGCUGUUCAGUAUGUGCCAAAGGUUGCAGGACCUCACAAGGUUACAGUUCUGUUUGCUGGCCAGCACAUUUCAAAGAGUCCGUUUGAAGUAAAUGUUGACAAAGCCCAAGGUGAUGCCAGCAAAGUAACAGCAAAAGGGCCUGGCUUAGAAGUGACAGGAAAUAUAGCAAACAAGCCUACUUAUUUUGAAAUUUACACAGCAGGGGCUGGAGUUGGUGAUAUAGGUGUUGAUGUUGAAGAUCCUCAAGGAAACAACACUAUUGAAGUUACAGUAGAAGACAAGGGGAAUCAAGUUUACCGUUGUGUGUAUAAGCCUCUUCAAGCUGGUCCUCACACUGUUAGAGUGACAUUUGCUGGAGAGCAUGUUCCAAAAAGCCCUUGGAGUGUCCUUAUUGGUGAAGCCUGCAAUCCAAGUGCCUGCCGUGCCAGCGGUAGGGGCCUCCAACCUAAAGGAGUUCGGAUCAGAGAAACCGCAGACUUCAAGGUUGAUACUAAAGCCGCAGGGAGUGGAGAUAUGCAUGUGGCAAUAAAAGGGCCAAAGGGCUUGGACGAACUUGUGAAACAAAAGGAAUUUGUGGAUGGUGUGCAUUCAUUUGAAUACUACCCCGUUACCCCAGGAAAAUACAUUGUCACAAUCUUGUGGGGAGGCCACAACAUCCCCAAGAGCCCAUUCGAAGUUCAGGUUGGCCCUGAAGCUGGACCUCAGAAAGUAAGGGCCUGGGGACCAGGUCUCCAUGAAGGAGUUGUUGGCAAGUCUGCUGACUUUGUGGUAGAAUCCAUUGGACCAGAGGUUGGAUCCUUAGGUUUUGCCAUUGAAGGCCCAUCUCAAGCAAAAAUUGAAUGUGACGAUCAGAACGAUGGUUCAUGUGAUGUGAAAUACUGGCCCACGGAGCCUGGUGAAUAUGCUGUUCAUAUCAUGUGUGAUGAUGAAGACAUCAAAGACAGCCCCUAUAUGGCAUUCAUCCAGCCUGCUUCUCCAGACUUCAACUCUGACAAGGUGAAAGCCUAUGGUUCAGGGCUGGAGAAAAGUGGCUGCAUUGUGAAUGUUCCUGCAGAAUUUACAGUUGACACAAAGAAUGCAGGGAAUGCUCCUCUGAAGAUAUACGCACAGGAUGGUGAGGGAGAUCCUAUUGAUAUCCAAGUGAAGAGCAAGCCAGAUGGCAUCUAUGCCUGCUCCUACAUUCCAGCCAAACCAAUCAAGCACACCAUUGCUGUCACUUGGGGUGGAGCUAAUGUACCCAACAGCCCAUACAGGAUCCAGAUUGGGCAAGGUAGUCAUCCUGAGAAGGUGAAAGUGAUUGGACCAGGGGUGGAGAGAACUGGUCUGAAAGCCAACGAACCGACUCACUUCACAGUAGACUGUGCAGAGGCAGGAGAAGGUGAUGUGAGUGUGGGCAUCAAGUGUGAUGCUCAUGUAAUCAGCGAAGAAGAGCAAGACAUAGAUUUUAACAUCAUUCAUAAUGCGAAUGAUACUUUCACAGUGAAAUACACCCCUCCUGCUGCUGGGCGCUACACUAUCAAGGUGCUGUUUGCUGGAGAGGAAAUUCCGGCCAGCCCUUUCAGAGUGAAAGUGGAACCCUCCCAUGAUGCAAGUAAGGUCAAAGCCGAAGGGCCUGGACUAAGUAAAACGGGUGUGGAGAAUGGGAAGCCAACGCACUUUACUGUCUUCACAAAAGGUGCCGGAAAGGCCCCUCUGGAUGUCCAUUUCAGUGGACCGAGGGCGGGAGAUGCAGUUAAAGAAUUAGACAUCAUUGACAACUAUGAUUAUUCCCACACUGUAAGAUACACUCCAGUUCAGCAGGGUAACAUGAACAUUCUGGUGAACUAUGGUGGUGAUCCCAUCCCUAGGAGUCCUUUCACUGUAGGUGUUGCUGCUCCACUUGACUUGAGCAAAGUUAAACUUAAUGGUCUGGAAAACAGAGUCGAAGUGGGCAAGAACCAGGAAUUUCAGAUUGACACAAAAGGAGCUGGUGGACAGGGUAAACUGGAUGUGUCCAUCUUCAGCAAUACCAGGAAACCUUUGCCAUGCUUAGUAGAACCAGUAGUAGGCAAAGAGUGUAGCACUGUAAGGUAUAUCCCAGAGGAAGAAGGACUUCAUAUGAUUGAUAUAAAUUAUGAUGGGAAUCCAGUCCCAGGAAGCCCCUACACUGUGGAAGCCACUCUGCCACCAGAUCCCUCCAAGGUGAAGGCCCAUGGGCCAGGACUUCGAGGAGGCCUUGUUGGAAAGCCUGCAGAAUUCACAAUAGACACCAAAGGUGCAGGAACUGGGGGUCUUGGGUUAACAGUUGAGGGACCAUGUGAAGCCAAAAUAGAAUGCUCUGAUAAUGGAGAUGGAACAUGCUCAGUCUCCUACCUGCCUACAAAACCAGGUGAAUACCUUGUGAACAUCCUAUUUGAAGAGGUCCAUAUUCCUGGCUCUCCUUUCAAAGCAGAUAUUGAAAUGCCAUUUGACCCUUCAAAAGUAAUUGCCACAGGCCCUGGACUUGAACGGGGUAAAGUGGGUGAAGCUGGAUUGCUCAGUGUGGAUUGCUCAGAAGCUGGGCCUGGGAAGCUGGAUAUGGAAGCAGUGUCUGAUUCUGGUUCUAAAGCAGAUGUUAAAGUUCAAGAUAAUAAAGAUGGGACAUAUGGAGUUACAUAUGUGCCCCUUUCUGCUGGAAUGUAUACACUCAAAAUGAAAUAUGGUGGAGAGCCAGUGCCAAACUUCCCUGCACGAGUCAAAGUUGAUCCGGCUGUAGACACAAGCAAAAUUCAAGUGUUUGGGCCAGGAAUCGAAGGGAAAGAUGUCUUCCGUGAAGCAACAACAGGUUUCACUGUAGAUGCCAGGCCCUUGACCAAAACUGGUGGAGACCAUAUCAAAGCCCAAAUUGCAAAUCCUUCUGGAGCUUCCACAGACUGUCUCAUCAAAGACAACGCUGAUGGGACAUACGCAGUACAGUUCACUCCAUAUGAAAGAGGCCCUCAUAGUGUUGAAGUGACCUACGAUGAUGUUCCUGUUCUAAACAGCCCUUUCAAGGUAGACGUCACGGAAGGUUGCCAUCCUUCCCGUGUGGUGGCCCAAGGAACUGGGCUACAGGAAGCUUUCACAAAUAAACCAAACCCAUUUACUGUUGUCACCAGAGGGGCUGGAAUUGGUGGUCUUGGAAUAACUGUUGAAGGUCCUUCAGAAUCCAAAAUAAGCUGCAAAGAUAACAAGGAUGGCAGCUGUAGUGCAGAAUAUAUCCCUUAUGUUCCAGGAGACUAUGAUGUCAACAUAACUUAUGGGGGUGAACAUAUUCCUGGCAGUCCAUUUAAGGUUCCUGUAAAAGAUGUUGUUGACCCCUGUAAAGUGAAAGUUGUAGGACCAGGCUUGGGAACUGCAGUUCGUGCCAAAAUUCCCCAAGCCUUUACUGUGGAUACCAGUAAGGCUGGAGUUGCGCCACUUGAGGUUACAGUGAUGGGACCCAGAGCUGAUGAGCCGGAUUCCCAGUCACGGCGCAGUCCACUGAAAGCAAUUUCAGAGUUCUUUAAAGGUGAUCCGCAGGGUGAAUCUAAUAUGACAGGCUUGGCGGAACCUGUUAGCAUAGUUGACAAUGGCGAUGGCACCCAUACAGUAUCAUACACACCUACGCAAGAAGGUCCCUAUACAAUCGGGGUAAAAUAUGCAGAUGAAGAAAUUCCUAGAAGCCCAUUCAAAGUAAAGGUGCUUCCAACAUACGAUGCCAAUAAAGUGACAGCAAGUGGGCCUGGCCUUAGCACCCAUGGGAUUCCAGCAAGCAUGCCUGCUAAAUUUGUUGUUGAUGCUAAAGAUGCAGGACAAGGACUUCUCUCAGUACACGUAACUGACCAAGAAGGCAAACCAAAAAGAACAGAUAUCCAUGACAACAAUGAUGGCACUUACGCAGUAACUUAUCUCCCUGACAAGACUGGUCGCUAUUCUGUUGGCAUUAAAUACGGUGGGGAUGAUAUACCCCUAUCUCCAUAUCGCGUCCGUGUAUCACCAGCAGGCGAUGCUAGCAAAUGUCUAGCAACAGGUCCUGGCAUUGCAGCCACAGUAAAGACUGGAGAGGAAGUUGGCUUUGUUGUAGAUGCUAAAUCUGCUGGCAAGGGCAAAGUGACAUGUACCGUCCUAACACCAGAUGGUACAGAAGCUGAAGCAGAAGUUAUUGAAAAUGAAGAUGGAACGUAUGACAUUUAUUACACAGCUGCUAAACCAGGAACUUAUGUAAUUUAUGUCCGUUUUGGUGGAGUGGAUAUUCCAAAUAGCCCCUUCACAGUCAUGGCUACAGAUGCAGAUGACGUUGCAGUAUUGUCUCAGGAGCCUCUAAAUGCCGCCUGUCCCCCUGGAUUCCAGCCCUGGGUAACAGAAGAAGCUUAUGUACCUGAUGGUGACAUGAAUGGAGUAGGCUUUAAGCCUUUUGAUAUGGUCAUUCCUUUUGCAGUAAGAAAAGGAGAAAUAACUGGGGAAGUUCACAUGCCCUCGGGGAAGACGGCAGCAGCAGAUAUUGUGGAUAACAAGGAUGGCACAGUCACGGUUAGAUAUGCACCGGUUGAGGUUGGGUUGCAUGAAAUGCACAUCAAGUACAUGGGCAACCACAUUCCAGAAAGUCCCCUACAGUUCUAUGUGAACUAUCCAAACAGUGGAAAUGUGACAGCUUAUGGACCUGGUCUUGUUUAUGGUGUAGCAAACAAGCCAGCAACCUUUACCAUAGUCACUGAAGAUGCUGGUGAGGGUGGUUUGGACUUGGCAAUUGAAGGCCCCUCCAAAGCCGAGAUCAGCUGCAUUGAUAACAAGGACGGCACUUGCACAGUCACUUACCUGCCCACGCUUUCAGGAAACUACAACAUCUUGGUCAAGUACAAUGAUAAGCAUAUCCCAGGAAGCCCGUUCAUUGCCAAAAUCACAGAUGACAGUAGGAGACGUUCCCAAGUUAAGCUUGGCUCUGCUGCUGAUUUCUUGUUGGACAUCAGUGAGACUGAUCUUAGCCUCUUGACAGCCAGUAUUAAAGCCCCAUCUGGAAGAGAUGAACCUUGUCUCCUGAAACGGCUACCCAAUAACCACAUUGGUAUCUCAUUCAUUCCAAGGGAGGUGGGAGAACACCUGGUCAGUAUUAUGAAGAAUGGAAGUCAUGUGCCCAACAGUCCCGUGUCCAUUAUGGUGGUUCAGUCGGAGAUUGGCGAUGCACGUAGAGCAAGGGUUUCUGGACGUGGCUUGGUGGAAGGACGUACAUUUGAAAUGUGUGACUUCAUUGUGGAUACAAGAGAUGCAGGAUACGGUGGGAUAUCACUAGCAGUCGAAGGACCUAGCAAAGUGGAUAUCCAGACCGAGGAUCUAGAGGAUGGAACUUGCAGAGUGUCUUACUUUCCAACUGUGCCUGGUGUUUACAUUGUGUCAACCAAGUUUGCUGAUGAACAUAUCCCAGGCAGCCCAUUUACUGUGAAAAUAAGUGGUGAAGGACGGGUGAAGGAAAGUAUCACACGUGCCAGACGGGCACCUUCUGUGGCCACUGUUGGAAGCUUGUGUGAUCUUAACUUAAAAAUCCCAGAAAUUGAUAUCGGUGACAUGUCAGCCCGGGUAACUAGCCCCUCAGGCAGAAUUACAGAUGCUGAAAUAAUGGAGCAUGACAAAAGCACGUAUUGCGUCCGCUUUGUGCCCCAGGAAAUGGGGGUCCAUACUGUUGAUGUGAAAUACAGAGGGCAGCAUGUGCCAGGCAGUCCGUUCCAGUUUACUGUUGGGCCGCUUGGUGAAGGAGGAGCCAACAAGGUCAGAGCGGGCGGACCAGGCCUUGAAAGAGCAGAGGCAGGAAUCCCAGCUGAAUUCAGCAUAUGGACCAGAGAAGCAGGAGCUGGAGGGCUUUCCAUUGCAGUGGAAGGCCCGAGUAAGGCAGAAAUUGCUUUUGAAGACCACAAAGAUGGAUCCUGUGGUGUAUCGUAUACUGCUCAAGAGCCUGGUAACUAUGAGGUGUCCAUAAAAUUCAACGAUGAACAUAUUCCCGAAAGCCCUUACCUGGUUCCUGUGAUAGCUCCUUCAGAUGAUGCUCGUAGGCUCACUGUUAUGAGCCUUCAGGAGUCUGGGUUGAAAGUUAACCAGCCAGCAGCCUUCGCCAUAAGGCUUAACGGGGCGAAGGGCAAGAUUGAUGCUAAAGUACAUAGUCCAAUUGGAGCAGUAGAAGAAUGUCAUGUCUCUGAACUGGAGCCAGAAAAAUACGCUGUUCGGUUCAUUCCACGUGAAAACGGCAUUCAUUCUAUUGACGUGAAGUUCAAUGGGAGCCACGUUGUAGGCAGCCCCUUCAAAGUCAGAGUUGGGGAGCCUGGGCAAACAGAUAGUCCAGCCCUAGUCACUGCCUACGGACCAGGCCUUGAGAGUGGCGUAACAGGGUUGCAGUCGGUGUUUACUAUAGACACCAGCAAAGCUGGCCCUGGCACCCUUUCUGUUACAAUUGAGGGUCCGUCCAAGGUGAAGAUGGAUUGUCAGGAAGCUCCAGAGGGCUACAAUGUAAUGUACACACCGAUGGCUCCAGGAAACUACCUAAUUGGAAUUAAAUACGGAGGGCCUAAUCACAUAACUGGUAGCCCUUUCAAAGCAAAGGUGACAGGCCAGAGGCUGGUUAGCCCCGGCAUCUCAAAUGAAACGUCCUCUAUCAUGGUGGAAUCUGUCACCAGAUCAACAACGGAUACCUGCUAUAGUGCCAUUCCCAAGUCUUCAUCUGAUGCAAGCAAAGUUGUCUCCAGGGGUGCAGGCCUCUCUAGGGCUUUUGUGGGCCAGAAAAACUCAUUCUCUGUAGAUUGCAGCAAAGCAGGUUCAAAUAUGUUGUUAGUUGGAGUGCAUGGACCUACAAUACCUUGUGAAGAGGUAUCUGUGAAGCACUUGGGAAAUCACCAGUACAAUGUGACAUACGUUGUUAAGGAGAAGGGUGACUAUAUUCUAGCCGUGAAGUGGGGUGAACAACACAUUCCUGGAAGCCCAUUCCAUGUUACUGUUCCAUAAGUUCUUCUUGUACCAGAACAGUCUACUCCUAGAGUGAAAUCUUACAAUGCAAAACUGUGAGCAGUCCUGUGAGAAAGUAUCUUUCUCUACGCAGUUCAUAUUUUUAAUGUAUCCAAGAUUAAAUCCAAUGCUUUUUAAAGAGUUCUUUUUUGUCUUAAGCAUCACUGCUAUACCAUGUAAAUCCAAUGUCAUCUUCAGAUUGUACUUUCUAAAUCAAUACCACAAUCAUAUAAUUAUGAAAGGUGCUAACCUUUUUGUGGAUUUUGGAAUUUACAUGUUAAACUGGAAUUUGUCUUGGCUAAUUGGGAAUCUACUCUUAAACUACUGACUUGUAAUGGGUGUUUUUAGACUGGAAACUCUUCAUUUAGUUGUAGAAUAUCACUUUGACUUUUGCCAGUUCAAAGAUCUUCUGUAAAGAAAUGAGGUAAAACUGGUACUUUAAUGUGCCUUUGUAUACUUGAUUGACUGUUAAUAUCUAAUAGUGAAAACUCAAAAUCAUGCUACAGCUAAACACUAUAAUGCCUUUUAGGGUGCUUGGUGUUUACAAGUGAACAUUGCCUGCUUUUUCUUCUUUGAAGGAAGUGAUGUGGGCCAUCAGAUUGUUCUCGGCAGCCUUCAUCACUAAUGUGUUGUGCAGGGUUGAUGUUGGCUUGCGUCAUCCAUGGUUGCUGAGACAGGCAGGGUGCCGAACUAGGUUGAUGAUCUGGCCGAGAUGUGCCCUGCUGGGUGCUUGAAGUCAGUUGUGGUGCACCAUACACAACCUGCAGCAACUUGUUCCAUGAGUAGUUCAUGCAUGGAAAUGUGUAAUUCUUACAUUGCCUCUCAUGGAAAGAUACUUCAUUUGCAAUACAUGGGCUUUUAGUACAGUUAAAAGCCAGUUGGGACCUGCUCAUCAUAACCCCUCACGAUGAUGUGAGCACUACUAGUCUAGGCAAUUAACCAUUAAAUGAAUCUCCAACUGUUUUUACUAAGAGUGCAGAUCAAUCAAGCCCACUGAGUUUAGUCCAAGGCAUUCAUACACAGGUGUAUCUCUCCUUCGUUGUUUUUAUAAAGGAAAUAUCACACCAUCAUUCCAACUUUCGAAAUGACAAAACACCUUUUUUAAACACACACAUACACAUUCCAAACAUGCAACUAAUGGUUACUACAAAGCUGCUAAGGCUUUUAGCAAAAUAUUUUUUUUUCAAAGCUUUAAAUAUGCCUAAAGGAGGAAGAGGCUUAAUGAAAGUAACCUAGUUUUCUUCCCUCUGUUAGCAAAAGAUACUUGGUCAGCUUUAUUUUUGUAGUUGUAUAUCAGUGCACUAAUUCUAAGCACAGCUUCUUGGACAGGAGAUAGGAUAACAAGGUUUUUUUUUACUGUGUUGUGUGCCUUAAUGUGAAAUGCUCACUGCAUUGUAAACUAUAUAUAGAAAAGCAAAAUAAACUGGAAUAAAUGCAAGAUUGUAAUAUUGUAUCUCAUAACUUAUUAAAACUAUGAAUGUUUGCUUCAUGAAAUAAAAUGUGCAUGUUGAAUUCA